CGAAGUUAUUUAAAAAAAAAAAACACACAAAGAAAGGAAAAAAAAUGGCUGAUUGUAUGAGGAGCUGUAAACGAAGUGCAGAAACAGCAGAGAUGGAAGCUUCAAGCACAAGCUUCUCAUUAUCAAAGAGAACAAAAGCCGUUGAUUCUCGAGAAUUGCAAGAAUUGGAGUUAACUUCACCAGACAUUGAGCUCGAAAACCCUAGCUUCCUUUCAAAUACGCAGGAAAAGCCUAUUACCGUUGCCACUUCCUCGAAUCCCGGUGGAGUGAUCGCCGGUGACAUGUGUUCCAGCCUCUGCUCCGGCGAGCCUUCGGCUUCUCGUUGUUCUAGCAAUGAGUCAUGGGAUAUUGUCAAGGAUAGCUUGAGAUUCGUAGAUCUAGGGGCCAAGAGUUUUGAAACUGAAAUCUCAACGUGCAUCAACAUCAACAAAUUCAAUAGAGAAACAAGUCCAUUAAGCGAGCUCUGUGGAGACUCGGAAAUGGAAUCGCCCGAGAAAAAGCCACCACCGUCACCGGCAAAGCCGCCGAAUAUGCCAUCACAGACGGUGAUCGACGAGUUCUUCUCUGUCGCUGAAAAGUACGAGCAAAAAAGAUUUGAAGAGAAGUACAAUUAUGAUAUUGUCAAGGAUGUGCCUCUCGACGGUCGAUACCAGUGGGUUCGGUUGAAGCUCUGAACCUGAAGACCGAAGAGAAAGAAAGGUUACAAUUACACGAGGUAGCACGGAGAUUGCAUUUGACAUAAGGAAAACAAAAAAAGGGGAAUGGUUGGUAGUUUGUUAUUCACUUAUUUGUACAGCCUUCCUUUUUUUUUUUUGCCAUUAUCUGAUGUGAGAAGAAGUAGGC